UUUAUCCAUAACCUAAAACCAAAACAGCCAGGUUAAGUCACUGAUUCUGCAUCUCAGUUAUUCAAUCAUUUUUUUGACAUUUCGUGGCAACAGAUUUGAAUUUUUAUUAAACAUGAUGCUCAGUAAAUUCAAUCCCAUGCGUGCACUGCUGUCAGUGGAAAAAAUGACAGUGGUGAUGACCCAGUCAUCAGGACUCAGAAACUUUCCACCUCCUCGAGAAUACCCAGAGAUUGAGUUCCCUGAGAGAGGAAGACUGAAACCUUUGGAGAAAGUUCCCCAAUAUCCAGCAAACAUGAGACCAUUCAAGAUGCAGAAGAGAUUGAGAUACAUGAGAGGGCCAGAGCCAAUUCACACUGAAUUAUUGCAUAAACAAUACGGAAUUGUGGCAACUGGAGGUGGUCGACUACGAUAUGAACAUCUGGAGAUGAUUCGGAUGUUCUUCUUGAGGCACUUGGAUCUCGAUGGGGGAAAGGUCUUCGCAAUGUGGAGGGUCGAUGCACCCUGGCAACCUGUCACGAAAAAAGGUCAAGGACAGCGAAUGGGGGGUGGAAAGGGCCACAUUGAUCAUUACGUAACACCAAUUAAAGCUGGAAGAGUAAUUGUCGAAGUGGGUGGUUACAUUGAGUACUUCGAGGUGGAGUACACCUUGAGAAAUGUGGCAGCGAGGCUGCCUUUCAAAGCUGAAGCCACAUCUUACGAGAUGAUGAUGGAGAAAAGGAGAGAAGAGGAGGAACUCGAGAGAACUAAUAUCAAUCCCUGGACAUGGAAAUACGUUAUACAGAAUAAUAUGGGUGGUUGUCACAGGUGGUUAUCCAAAUUCGAUAAGAGAUUCUUAGGAAAAUAUCUGUAAUUUUGUUAUAUCAGUUUAAUAAAUGGAAUUAAUCACUUA